CUGAAAGAAUGGUCUGACAUCCAUGACGCCGACAGGCUCGUUGUGAGCAUAUCAAAGCUGAGUAAGAACCUCGGAGAGUUUCUGUCUCGGGAUCCGCUACAAGAAGACAGUGUCUGUCUUCUGGUCAAGAUACUUGCAUGUGCCUCUUCGGCCCGGGAGGAGAAGGCUGAUCUACACAACGUUCUCGACGUGGUAUGCAAAAGUCGUUUUCUCGUUGAUCAUUUGAGAAUGUUUAUUGUGUGCGUGCUGGAGACGAUGGGGCCCAGAGAUGUUCAUAGGUUUAUUUGUGAAACAGUCGAAGUAUUAAACGCCAUUCUCGGCGUGCUCCCCGAACACGCUAUGAAAUGUGUGCUGAACUCAGCACAGAUGUUAACUGUGGCUAAGCACAUGGAGACUGUGGUACAAGACAAACACCUGACAGAAUCCAUGAUGGCCGUGGACAAACUCGGUAAGGAGAUUUACAUGAAGAACAAAGUGUCUGAAUGCAGAUCACAACUUAAGUGUCUUACCGCUGUGAAUCAUAACGAAGAACCUCCAGAGUGUUAUCGCUCUUUGCCCAUCAUUCCAUCAGUCUCUGAGCUAACCUCAGAAACAAAAACUUUUCUUCGCAAAGCGGUCACAGAUGGACCAUACAAAGAUGCGCAACAUUAUUUGGACGUGCAGUUUCGGCUGCUGAGGCAAGAUUUCUUUUACUAUCUUCAACAGGGCAUCACACUCAUGAGACAAAGCAAAGAUCUCAGUGCAUUUCACAACCAAGCCCUGAGACUGUUUCACAACGUUAGGGUGGUUGGGAUGAGCCUUGAGCACAAAUGUAACUAUGUUCUUCAACUGAAACAGAACGAUACGAAAACAAGAAAUGGGAAAAAUAAAACGUGCCUUUCUCCUGGAUCUAUUGUAUUUUUAUCAAAAGACCGUUUUCAAACCAUAAUUGUUGCUAUUGUGAGUAGCCUAGAGUUUUUGCAAAAAGAAAAUAUAAUUAUCGCCAUUGACAUCAAAGAAGGAAUGGAUUUUGUUCUAAAUUCCACAGCCACUGACGUUUUCACCUUGGCUGAGGCAACCACUCAUUUUAGACUUUAUUUCAAUGUGUUGAAAAGGCUGCAUGAAAAUGAAACAGGUAAAUUACCACUGAAAGACACAAUCAUUUAUUGCGAUCACAAGUCUAAACCACCAAAGUAUUUGCUCCCAUCAAGCGGAUUUACCGGGAUACCCUAUUAUAAUUUGUCAGCUUUGAUGUUAAAAAAGAUGAAAAAGUUAAAUGUCCCUGUGCUGACCACUGUGAAAAGGCCGCCAACUGAGGAAAUCUGUCUGAAUGAACUUCAGAGAGAAGCCGUCAUGUUAGCAUUGAUUAACGAGAUUUCCGUCAUACAAGGACCACCGGGAACAGGAAAGAGUCAUGUCGGGAGGAAGAUCUUGGAUGUCCUUUUGCACAAUGAACCUUUCACUACCCUUGACAAAACAGGCACAGAAAGUAAACCGUGCUCAAAAGGACCUAUUCUAAUUGUGUGUAAGACUCUAAAAGCUCUCAAGAAACUACUCACAGGUUUUCCUUCACACAAAACGGUAACCUGGUUGUCGCAUCACUUUGUCUUUGGACAAUCCACCGUGGUGUUAGAUGACUACGACUCGCCGCUGGAAUCAUUGGUACGUGAACCAUUGUCAUUUCAAAAUAUGAGUCCUUUUUAUUCGGUGAGAGCAAAAAUUGACCAGCUGAAUAAAAUAAGGGGCUCGCUGGAGACGGAAAUUCAAUCAACGGAUAUUCUAAGACCAUACAUGCUUGACCAUCACUACGCUUCUCUUGCUCGAGCUACUGAAUUCACCAAUGGUAAUCAUGCAUUAAACUUAUGGCUGAACACCCCUGUACAUUCUCCGAUGAUAACUUUUAAGAAACCAAUUGAGCAGCGACUAAAGGAGCUUGUGCUGCGAUGGAACCGUCCUUCGAAUGAAGUUUAUUGCCGUCCAAGUAUGAAUAUUGUUGAAAGGGCAUCACUCUAUUGCUGUCUUGUAAAUCUCUACCGACAAAACAUUAAAAAGGAGAUUAAAAAAAUGUCUAAUUACGAUGAGUCGCUUCCAGUUAAGGUUGAGGAUUUAAAAUUGAAACUUCAGCAGUCGUACGUUGAUUUUAUACCAGACUAUUUAAUUCAAAUGAUUACCGGUAAAUCACACACAAUCGAUAUGAGUGAUUGGCUGACUGAAUCUAGACGGGACCCGAUGGCGCAAUUAAAGGACAUUGAAACUCUGAUUCGUGAGAUGGAACUCGAAGAUGUCAAAACAGGAAGUUGUCCGGCUUCGGUUGCAGCAUUACAAGGACAUGUCGGU